AUGUCUACACCAUCCAAGAACGCGGUCCAAACGGCCAUCGACCAAUACAUCGAUUGCUUGGCGGAGCCUUUACGAAUAUUAAAUCAGAAGAUUCACGAAACUCCGGAACUGGCGUACGAGGAACACGUUGCCCACGGCGCCAUCUGCGACUUCCUCCAAUCCCAGGGUAUCCAACCAACGCGCCACGCCUACGGCCUCAGCACCGCUUUCGAGGCCAAAGUUGGCAAUGGAGAUGGUCGCUGUGUGAACUUCAACGCCGAGUAUGACGCGCUCCCUGGAAUUGGACAUGCGUGCGGUCACAACCUCAUUGCGAUUUCCAGCAUUACCGGCUUUUUAGCUCUGGCAUUUGCCAUUCGCCAAUUUGGAAUUCCUGGCUAUGCCCAGCUCCUGGGAACCCCGGCUGAGGAAGACGGCGGCGGAAAGAUAGAUCUGAUUCGCUCGGGGGCGUACCAGAAAGCGGAUGUGUCUUUGAUGAUCCAUCCAUUAUCCGAGGAAGAAUUCCGCAAAGACGUCCUUGGUAUCGCCGGUCGCUCCUCAAUUGCCUGCUACGACAUCACAGCAGUCUAUCGCGGCGUCAGCGCUCAUGCAUCUGCCAGUCCAUGGGAAGGAGUCAAUGCCCUUGACGCUCUAGUCACAGCCUACAACAGCAUCUCAAUGCUACGCCAGCAGAUGAAGCCUGAUGAACGAGUUCACGGGGCAAUUCUCGAGGCGCCCACCGUCACCAACGCAAUCCCCGAGCUCACGCGCACCAAAUAUUCGAUCCGCAGUCCGACUAUGGAUGGGGCACGAGCAUUGGGAGACCGCGUACGGAGGUGUCUGGAAUCAGGUGCUCUUGCCACCGGGUGUACGGUGGAGCUUGAGGAAAAUCAAAUAUUUGCCGAUUUAGUUGUGAACCCGCCAUUAUGUGAAAGCUUUCAGGAAUGUAUGCGCGAGCAAGGGGAACACAUAUUGGCUAAUGAUGAGAUUCUGAUGCCGGGGUCCACUGACCAGGGCAACGUGUCGCAGGUUAUCCCGGCCCUGCACGGCCUUAUUGGGAUCCCGGUAAGCGAUGGGGCUAAGAACCAUACGCGGCAGUUCACUGCGGCAGCUGGCACGAGCGUUGCUCAUCAGAGAAUGAUCACUGCUGGAAAAGCCAUGGCGAUAACGGGGUGGAAGGUGCUGGUGAAUGAGGAGUUCUACGGCAAUGUACGCAAUGCUUUUACCGAAGUGAGAGGGGGAAUCAGGACUCGUUCGUAG